GGUACUGGAGGCAUGUGGUGUGUUGGUCGUCACUAGUUACCACAGCCAUAAAGUCAUUAUUAUGGCCAAAACGAGCCUAUUUCUACAAGUUAUAUCCUUAAAUCUGUUUUUAAACCUAACCACACUGCUGACAUGGUUAACCUUUAAAUUAAGACCAAAAAGGGAAUUUUUUUUAUUUUAAAAAACGAUAUAUAGCCAAUUUUGACUUUGUGGUUGGGGUAACUAGUGACAACUGGUGCGUGUUCUGCUCGCUUCUGUCCAUUAUAUUGUGGAUGAUGGCCGCUUCGAAGCCUGUCGAGUCGCAGUCGGGGAGCGGUUUCCCCCGCUGGCAGCUGGCCCUCCUGGUCGGAACCCCCAUAGUGCUGGGUGUAGGAGCCGUUUACCUGUGGAAACGAAACAAGACGAAGGACACACCGGGGAAAAGCAAUGGGGAACGGACAACUCCAGAAGGUAGCGCCAACCCCGUCCAGGGCCAAGGAGCCCGUUGCGAGCAGAAGGACAUGAGUCCUCUGGUCCGGGCCCAGGGUGCUAAGAACAAGGGCAACAAGUACUUCAAGGCUGGGAAGUAUGAGCAGGCCAUCCAGUGUUACACAGAGGCCAUCGGUCUGUGUCCUAGAGACAACCAGACAGACCUGUCCACCUUCUACCAGAACAGAGCUGCUGCCUACGAACAGCAGAUGAAGUGGACAGAGGUGGUGCAGGACUGUACCCAGGCUGUAGUGAUUAAUCCACGCUACAUCAAGGCCCUGUUCAGGAGGGCCAAGGCCCUGGAGAGACUGGACAACAAGAAGGGGUGCCUGGAAGAUGUGACGGCGGUGUGUAUCCUGGAGGCCUUCCAGAACCAGCAGAGUAUGCUGCUAGCAGACAAAGUCCUCAAACUGCUGGGGAAGGAGAAGGCCAAAGACAAAUACAAGAACCGUGACCCCCUGAUGCCUUCUCCUCAGUUCAUCAAGUCCUACUUCAGCUCCUUCACUGAUGACAUUAUCUCCCAACCGCUCCAGAAGGGUGAGAAGAAGGACGAGGACAAGGACAACGAGGGCGAGGCCGCAGAGGUCACAGAAAGUUCUGGUUACCUGAAGGCCAAGCAGUACAUGGAGGAGGAGAACUAUGAUAAGAUCAUCAGUGAGUGCACUAAGGAGGUGGAGUCUGGGGGCCGGUACACUGCUGAGGCCCUGUUGCUACGGGCAACCUUCUACCUCCUGAUUGGCAACGCCACCGGCUCCCAGCCUGACCUGGACCGGGUCAUCAACAUGGAGGACGCCAACGUCAAGCUGAGGGCCAAUGCUCUGAUCAAGCGUGGCAGUAUGUACAUGCAGCAGCAGCAGCCUAUGAUGUCAACACAGGACUUCAACAUGGCCGCUGAGAUCGACACGCGCAACGCAGACGUCUACCACCACCGGGGACAGUUGAAGAUCCUUCUGGACCAGGUAGAGGAGGCUGUCCAAGACUUUGAUGAGUGCAUCCUGCUCAGACCUGACUCUGCUCUGGCUCAGGCUCAGAAAGGCUUCGCCCUGUACAGGCAGGCGUACACUGGCAACAGCCAGUCCCAGGUGCAGACGGCCAUGGACGGCUUUGAGGACAUCAUCAGGAGGUUCCCUAAGUGUGCCGAGGGGUACGCUCUGUACGCUCAGGCAUUGACUGACCAGCAGCAGUUUGGCAAGGCAGAUCAGAUGUACAACAAGUGUAUUGACCUGGAGCCUGACAACGCUACAACAUACGUCCACAAGGGGUUGUUGCAGCUCCAGUGGAAGCAGGACUUGGACCUGGGCCUGGACCUCAUCAGCAAGGCCAUUGAGAUCGACAACAAAUGUGACUUUGCCUAUGAAACCAUGGGCACUAUUGAGGUUCAGAGGGGAAACCUGGAAAAAGCUAUAGACAUGUUCAACAAGGCCAUCAACCUGGCCAAGUCAGAGAUGGAGAUGGCCCACCUCUACUCACUGUGUGAUGCAGCCUAUGCCCAGACUGAGGUAGCCAGGAAGUACGGACUGAAGCCACCCACGCUGUAACUCUCCUGUCACAUGACCCACCCUACCCAAGUCUUUCCACUGCUGAGCCGCCUGAUCAAAUUAUAACUGCAGAUGUUUGAGUCAUUUAGUUUUGUACAAGACCUGAGAACUACCGGUGGUUAAAGAUGAAAGAAACAUAUGUGACUAGGGUUGCAAAAUUACGGUAACUUUCCCAAAAUUCCCAGUUUUUUUCUGAAAUCCAGGAAUUACGGGGAAAUUAGCAGGAAAUCCAUGAACAUGCCAACCAGGAUUUCUGGGAAACCAGGGAGGGAAGGUUAGGAAAGUAACUGGAAUUUUGCAAUCCUGUCUGACCAUACAUUAUUAUCAUGUUUAUGUCACGUUGAAUUGAAAUUCAAACCAGGGCUAGAACCCCAAUCCGCUGGUAAAUAGGGUGGUCUUAACCCUCACAUCCCUCUCCUUCAGGGCACUUAACCCUCACAUCCCUCUCCUUCAGGGCACUUGACCUUCACAUCCCUCUCCUUCAGGGCACUUAACCCUCACAUCCCUCUCCUUCAGGGCACUUAACCCUCACAUCCCUCUCCUUCAGGGCACUU